CCGCAAUAAGGCGGAUGGGGGCCGGACCAUUCAUGUCGCGGGGUUCGUGGAGGACGCCCCGUCUUCGAUGGCCACGAGUCCUCCGAAGAUAUGCGGAGGGCCUCCAGCGAGUCUGGUAUGAGUGCUCAGGCCUCCUGGGCGGCAGUCCAGGAGCGCGCAGCGAGGCCGACUGGACGCGUCCCCCACCACCACCCCCGGCCGCUGCGCAGUUGGUACGUCCCGAAGGCUCCACCCACUUCCGGGUUCCUAGCGCCAGGGCCCGCAUGGCGGCUCACAGACGUGCGGCGGCUGGACCGCGUUCGCCAUCUGCCAUGGCCCAGUGGAAGAAGAAGAAGGGGCUCCGGAAGCGCAGAGGCGCAGUCUCCCAGGGCCACGCCAGCGACUCAGAGGAUGGUGGAUUUGAAGUUCAGGCAGAAGAUGACGCCAGGGCGCAAAAGGGACCCGGCCGCCCCCUGCUCAGCUUCCCCGCAGCAGACUACACCUCUGAAGCGGAGCUGGACACUCGGGAGAUGGUGCGCGCGCAGAACAAGAAGAAGAAGAAGUCCGGGGGGUUCCAGUCCAUGGGUCUGAGCUACCCAGUGUUCAAGGGCAUCAUGAAGAAGGGCUACAAAGUGCCGACGCCCAUUCAGAGGAAGACCAUCCCGGUGAUCCUGGAUGGCAAGGACGUGGUAGCCAUGGCGCGGACCGGCAGCGGCAAAACGGCGUGCUUCCUAAUCCCCAUGUUUGAGCGGCUCAGGACCCGCAGCGGCCAGACCGGCGCCCGGGCACUCGUCCUCUCGCCCACCCGGGAGCUGGCCCUGCAGACCAUGAAGUUCACUAAGGAGCUGGGCAAGUUCACUGGCCUCAAGACAGCCCUGAUCCUGGGUGGAGACAAAAUGGAAGACCAGUUUGCAGCCCUGCACGAGAACCCCGACAUAAUCAUCGCCACGCCGGGGCGGCUGGUGCACGUGGCUGUGGAGAUGAACCUGAGGCUGCAGAGCGUGGAGUAUGUGGUUUUCGAUGAAGCUGAUAGGCUCUUUGAAAUGGGCUUUGCUGAGCAGCUACAGGAGAUCAUUGGCCGGCUCCCUGGCGGCCACCAGACUGUGCUGUUCUCUGCCACACUGCCCAAGCUGCUGGUGGAGUUUGCUCGUGCGGGCCUUACGGAGCCAGUGCUCAUCCGGCUGGACGUGGAUGCCAAACUCAAUGAGCAGCUCAAGACGUCCUUCUUCCUGGUACGCGAGGAUGCCAAGGCUGCUGUGCUGCUGCACCUGCUGCGCACCGUGGUGCGGCCCCAGGACCAGACUGUGGUGUUUGUGGCCACGAAGCACCACUGCGAAUACCUUACGGAGCUGCUGAGCUCCCAGCGGGUGAGCUGCGCGCACAUCUACAGUGCCCUGGACCAGACCGCGCGCAAGAUCAACCUGGCCAGGUUCACGCACAGCAAGUGCUCCGCGCUCAUCGUCACUGACCUGGCCGCCCGCGGCCUGGACAUCCCCCUGCUCGACAACGUCAUCAACUACAGCUUCCCUGCCAAGGGCAAACUCUUCCUGCACCGUGUGGGCCGUGUGGCCCGGGCUGGCCGAAGUGGUACCGCCUACUCCUUGGUGUCCCCAGACGAGCUCCCCUACCUGCUGGACCUGCACCUGUUCGUGGGCCGCGGCCUCACCCUCGCCCAGCUCAGUCAGGAGCCUGCAGGCGCAGGCAGUGUGGAUGGCGUGCUGGGCCGGGUGCCACAGACUGUGAUCGACGAUGAGGACAGUGGCUUGCGGGCCUCGCUGGAAGCGUCGCUGGAGCUGCGGGGCCUGAGCCGUGUGGCUGACAAUGCACAGCAGCAGUACGUGCGCUCACGGCCCGCACCCUCGCCCGAGUCCAUCAAGAGAGCCAAGGAGCUGGACCUGGCGGGGCUGGGCCUGCACCCGCUCUUCAGCUCACGCUUUGAGGAGGCAGAGCUGCAGCGGCUGAGGCUGGUGGAUGGCAUAAAGCAAUACCGCUCCCGCGCGACCAUCUUCGAGAUCAAUGCCUCUAGCCGGGACCUGAGCAGCCAGGUGAUGCGUGCCAAGCGGCAGAAGGACCGCAGAGCCAUUGCCCGCUUCCAGCGGGGGCGGCAGAAACGACAGGAAGGCGUGGCUGAUCCUGCCCCCACCUGCCCUAUGCCAGUGGAGGAGCAGCCUGAGAAGGAAGAGGACAAGGGAGAGGGUGUGGAGGACAUCUUCAUCGAGGUUGUGGGCCAGAAGCGGCCAAGGUCAGGGCCUGACCAAGGAGCCAAGAAGAGGAGGGAGGAGGCCCGGCAGCGAGACCAGGAGUUCUACGUCCCCUACCGGCCCAAGGACUUUGACAGUGAACGGGGCCUGAGCGUCGGCACCACAGAGGCCUUCGAGCAGCAGGUAGCUGGCGCUGUCCUGGACCUGAUGGGGGAUGAGGCACAGAACCUGACCCGAGGCCGGCAGCAGCUCAAGUGGGACCGGAAGAAGAAGCGGUUUGUGGGGCAGUCAGGACAGGAAGACAAGAAGAAGAUCAAGACUGAGAGUGGCCGCUACAUCAGCAGCUCCUACAAGAGGGACCUCUAUCAGAAGUGGAAACAGAAACAGAAAAUUGAGGAUCGCGACUCGGAGGAGGAGGGCCCAUCUGACCGUGGAGGCCCACCUCGGAGAGGCGGCAAGCGAGGACGUGGCCAAGCAGGUGCCUCCCAGCCCCAUGCCCCUGGCACCACCACAGGCCGCAUUCGCUCUGAGCUCAAGACCAAGCAGCAGAUCCUGAAGCAGCGGCAGCGAGCCCAGAAGCUGCGCUUCCUGCAGCGCGGCGGCCUCAAGCAGCUGUCUGCCCGCAACCGCCGCCGGGCCCAGGAGCUGCAGCGGGGUGCCUUCGGUCGGGGCGCCUCCUUUAAAAAGGGCAAAAUGAGAAAGAGGAUGUGAAGACUAGGGCCUGGCCCGCAGCUUCUGUGGGCCCUGCCUGGACGUCAGCGGUCCAUUCCCUGUGUGGUGCUUGGGGAGCCCCCUGCAUCCUGAAAAGGCACGCUGUGCGGCCGUAGAGGGUAGGGAGACAGUCGGGCAGUGUCUGGAAGGGAGCGUGGGGGUUCGCCAGGAAAGCCAAGCGGGCGAGUCCUGCAUGUGCAGCUUGGUUGCUGCUGCUUCCAUGUGUUCUGGGUUCGGGUUCUUGGCCACAUGGUCUGAGCCCUGAGUGCCUCAGGUUCAAUGACAGGUGUUUAAUAAAUAAACCUUUAUUGAGCA